CUUGCCAUUUUAUCAAUGUACCAUUCACACGAAGCUGACAGAGAAUACCCUAUUGGAACCAUCUUUGAUACUCUUUUCGAGAUCGAAACAAGUGUACCAGGCGAUCGAAAGAUAUACAUUGAUUAUGAACAUCCAGAAACCUACCUGACACGCGAAACUUUGAAAAGAGAUAUCCUUCUUUUCGCACAAGGACUAAAAGAUGAAUACUCAUUUAAGCAAGGCGAUAUUAUGGCUAUAUGUUCUCCUAAUCAUGUUGACUGGGCAGUUGCUCUCCAAGCUCCGCCGAUUUUAGGCGCGGUUUCUGCAUGCGUUGUUGCUGGAGAAGGGAAUCACAACGUCGUAGAAGACAUGCUACUUGCCAAACCAAAGCUUAUAAUAGCUCACGAGGAAACGCUUGAGGCAGUAAAACGGGCAGCAAAGAAACUUGGUUUGAAAGAUGAAGACAUCCUUGUAUUUGGCAAUAAGACUAUCGAUGGGAUCAAACCAUUCCGUACUACUCUAAUGAACCACUCAAGCUUAGCUAUACCAAUUAAGCCUUCGUUGGAAUAUCUCACCACAGAGCCAGCAUAUAUCUAUUACACUUCAGGAACUUCAGGGACAAAGAAAAUGGUGACAAUUACACAUACUAAUAUAGUAGCAGCAAUGUACUCAAGAGACUAUUGGCUAAAGCCAGAUGCACGAUAUCUGUCAUAUGCUAGUAACGCCCACUCAACUGCUAUGGUUAUAGCCAUGAAUGUCUGUAUCAAGGAAGGGACUGAAACAUACCUUAUGAAAAACUUUUCACUUAAAGAAUACUGCGUGGCUAUUCAAAAGUACAAAAUUCAAUUUACCAUCAUCCAACCAUGGGUUGCUGCUGCUCUAGCAAGAGAACCAUUUGUAGAAGAUUAUGAUCUUUCUUCUAUACUCGUCGCCUUUUCAGCAGGAUCACCUUUGGAUACUGUUACUAUAUCUCGGUUUAUGAAACGUCACAAAUUUCCAUUACUUAGUGGGUUUGGAAUGACAGAGAUUAUCUCGGGUCUGAAACUAUGCAAUGAGGCUGCAAAAAGAGGUUCUGUCGGUAGAUUGUGUCCUAAUUUUACGGCAAAAAUUAUUAAUGAAAAUGGAGAAGAGAUUAUGAAUGGAACUAUGGGUGAGCUAUGCCUAAGAGGUCCAGUGGUUACACCUGGUUAUUACAACAACCCCAAAGCCACUGAAGCUGCGAUAGAUAAGGAUGGAUUUUUCCAUUGUGGGGAUUUUUUCAGAGUUGAUGAAGAUGGAUUCUUUUAUUUCAUUUCGCGUAUUAAAGACAUAAUCAAGUACUAUGGUUACCAGAUCAGUCCGUCUAUUAUAGAAGAUAUUUUGAUUACACAUCCGGAUGUGUCUGAAUGCUGUGUAGUAGGUCACUAUAGUGAAGAGCUCUUUACAGAACUUCCAAAGGCCUUUGUCGUCCUCAGAUCAGCUCAAGCAAACAAACCAACAGAGGAGGAGCUUAUUUCCUACACAAAUAAUCAGCUCCCAAACCAAAUGCAUAUCAGAGGAGGACUUGUAUUUCUUGAUUCUCUCCCAAGGUCAUCUUUAGGAAAGGUCCAACGUAACAGUCUUCGGCAUCAGAUAGGACAGGAAACCCUUACAAUGAUCCAAAGUCAAUAAUAUAUUCAGCUUUAUUGCUGCACUUUUUGUAAUACUGUGUGUAGUAUGCCGUUAAAUAUUUCUAUAUGUACAAUUAAAAGAAAUAACAGUACUACUAUAUCCACAUCAAACUGUCAAGUGCAUUUUCGUUAUAAUAUUUUAUUAAAACAAUGUUCACUAAAUUUGACGGAGACAUUCGUUAAAUUAAGCUGUGUUUCGCAGAGUGUAUUUCAUUUAAAAAAAAAGCUGCCAUUUAUAAAAUAAUAAAGAAAAGGGAAAAGCGAAGGUAAAAUAUUCUUA